AAUAUAAAUUGCUUACGAAACACCACUUCAGCAGCAGACACUACACUCUCUCUUUCUCUCUCUCCAGAUCUAAACUCCAAAUUCUACUUUCUCUCUCUUCCCAAUCUACAAGAUUCUCCCCAAAUUUUUGACUCUUUAUUUACAGAUAUAAAUACCCGAUUUUAAUCUUCAUUCAGAAUUUAUUAUUCAUAUCACAAAUUUUAUCCCAAGAUUAUUUGAAUUAGGGUUUUUUCUUUCUCUCUCUAGAUUAGCUUCAACCUUUACCAUGGCGGCUGGUUCUGCCUCUGCCUUCGAGGUUGGUUCGUACUUUAUUACGAAAUAUUAUCAUGUGCUUAAGGAAUCGCCGGAGUACUCUCAUCAGUUUUACAAUAAUUCAAGUACCUUGACUCGAGUUGAUGGGGAUGAUACGCAGACUGUUUCAACUAUAUUGGAUAUUCAUACAGUACUUACUUCUCUAAAUGUCAGUGGAGUUGAAGUGACGAAAUUAAAUUGCCAAGAUUCUUUGAAUGGUGGCAUUCUGCUUAUUGUAUCAGGCGUAGUGAGGUCCGGAAACUUCAGUGGCAAGAGGAGGUUUACACAGGCCUUCUUCUUAGCUCCCCAGGAGACUGGUUUUUAUGUCUUAAAUGAUAUUCUUCAGUUUAAUGAAGAGGUCCUAGUUAACCAGCAUCCAGUGCCAGAAGUACCGGAAAUCAAGGUUGAUUCUGAAAUACCUGCAUCCAGUCCUCGCUUUGAGCAUCCAGGGUCUAAUUUUGAGUUGGAGCAAGAGACGAGGGAGUAUGUGAAUUCAAUUCCUAUUGAAGAAGAUACCCCUGUAGACAAAUAUAGCCUUCCCGAUGAAGAGCAACAUGAAGAGCCUCAUGUAGAAACCAUUGUCGAGGAGGCCCCUGUUGAACAACCGGCUCCGCUUGAAAGUGCGGUGAAUCAUAUGAACUAUGUGGAAGACCCGAUAUCUGCUCCAGCUGAUGAGCCUGUUGGGGAGCCACCCAAACUAUCAUAUGCUUCAAUCCUGCGAGCAUCGAAAGGGCAAUCCUCACAUCCAAUUGUUUCUCAACCUAAUGUAAGGCCUCGCGUCUCACCACCAUCAGAGCAGCAUCAGAAGGUGCAACCAAAUGCUCCACAAUUAAACGCAUCAGCGUCGUCAUUUGUUCCCGAGGCAGCUAGUACUGGGGCUGAUGAAGGUUCUGUUCAAGAAGGGGAUCAGACGUCUGUCUAUGUGAGGAGCUUGCCAUCAAGUGUUACUACUGCUGAUCUUGAGAAGGAGUUCAAAAAGUUUGGUAGAGUCAAACCCAACGGAGUAUUCAUUAAGCAUCUCUCGGAUGUUGGAGUUUGCUAUGCAUUUGUCGAAUUCGAAGACAAUUCUAGUGCUCAAAAUGCAAUCAAGAAUUCUCCUAUAGAGUUUCUUGGUAGACAAGUUCAUAUUGAUCCGAGGAAAUCAGGCGGAAACAGCAGUUCACGUGGUGGAGCUGUAGCUAGAGGCAGAGGCAGAGGCCGAGGUAGCUACCUAAAUAACACAACAAGAGGACGUGGUGGGGUCAGAAACACUGGACGAGGCUCAGGCAAUGGCUUCUACUAAAGCACAUGAAGAAGCAAUUAUCUGGCUCAAGGGACGGUCAAGAGUGAUGCUACAUCGUUGCUCUUUCUCUGUAGGUUAUUUUUGUCUGUUUGGUUGUUACUUGUUAGUGAUGGACAAUUAGAUAUAUCCACCCUUGAUCUAGGGGUAUUUGAGUUAUUUACCCGAAGCAUAAAUUAGUUUACAUUUCUCUAUAGAAGGUGCAUGUAUGCUGCUGCCUUCGUCCCCAUAUGUUUUUCAUCUCUAUGGGGAUUUUUUUGAAUAUUCUGCCAGGUUAUUUGGUUAUUUGGCUGCCUUCUCUUGAAAUUUGUGUUCUAUGAAUUUUGGUUGAUUGACUAAUGAGAUUAUUUCGAGUUUUUUUCCCCGGAAAUACAAAUAUGACUUUUUCAAA